AUGAGCUUCGAAUUGAGUGGGCUUUCGGUCGACUACGAGGUGCCAAAAGGAAAGGAACGUGUGGCCGAGGAGGCGUUCAAUCAAUUGUUGGCCUCGUUCAACCUCGACACGAGCACGCUCACAUCCACCGCAUCGACCACCAACAUCGAAAGCACGCCUCGAAUCAAUGUUACAAACAGCGACGUUGACAUCAAGCCGUUGGAAUUGAGUGAACUCGAGGAAGAGGUCAUCGUUCACUGUCGAGUCAUCACCGGACUAAACCCAGCAAAAGAAUGGAAGCCAAUAAUGGUGAAACUGGAAUACGAGGUGGUGAACACGAUUCGAAUGGCCGAUUUGGUGGCUCUAUUGAUGAAAGAUCCGAAACUCGAUUUGCCUCCUGGAGCCUACAGUCUACGCGUUUUUCGGGCCAACGCAACCGAGUUUUUGGAUCCAAUCGAGAUGCAUUGGGAAAAGGAUGCGGGUCGUCGAUUGUACCGGGUUUUCAAAGGCACAAAGGCCUGUCGUACUCACCGUUUGCUCAUCGAUUUGACCCUUCGCAGUGUUGCGCCAGCUAAGACCACGAAGUCUCUCUGGCGAGUGGCUGUGCAUCCGAGCUUUCCUUCUAUCAAAGACGGAAACACAAUGCGUUCAAAGGACCAAAAGCAGCCAUUCAUCAAAAAAAAAGGCCCUUUAGAUCGCAAAUCGCAGCUUCAAAUAGAUUUUUUAAAAUACAUUCGUUUUUCUAACAUUUCUUUGAUUGUGCAUUCUCGGAAGUCUUGUUCU